CACUCAUUGGACAGGCUUUUUGCGUUCAAAACAAUUAAAAAAUGAUAAAGCCCGACGAUAUAAUGCAAAAUGUACAUAUUGUGCCCAAAUAUUUGAAGCACGUAAAGAAGCAAUGACAAAUCAUAUGCUUAAUCUAUGCCGUAAAAUUUCAGCUGAAAGUAAAAUACUUUAUUCACGUACUGUAAACAAAAAAAAAUCCGAAGAAGUUACUGAAGUUCCUACUCACAAAGCAGUUUUAGUAACUGAUUAUUUUGAUAAAGCUAUUUUAUCAUCGGAAAAAACCAAUGAAUUACAUACUUUGUUGUUACGAGCAUUAGUAUAUAGCAAUAUUCCAUUUACUUUUGCUGAAAAUCCAUUUUUUAUUUUAUUUUUAAAGUCCUUACGAUCAAGCUAUA